UCUGAUUUCUAGAUUAUAUAUUCUCUAAGCAAGCCUUGCUCAAUUGUUUAUCCAUUUAAAAUUUCUUCUGUAAAACCUAAUUAUUACUAUUUCGGCCAUUAUAAUGGCUGCCCAAUCAGCCACGGUGGAAGAAAUUUUUCAGGCCCAUGGCAUAGUGCCCGAUAUUAUACCACGCGCACCCAAGAACUUUCUAAAGGUCUCCUAUAAAAGCGGAGUUAUGGCCAAGGAUGGCGUCGAACUGACGCCUACUCAAGUCAAAGAUCAGCCGUGCGUUGAAUGGGAAGCCGAAACAGAUGCUUUAUACACUUUAUUGCUUACCGACCCAGAUGCUCCAAGUCGCAAGGAUCCAAAGUUUCGAGAAUGGCAUCAUUGGUUGGUUGGUAAUAUACCUGGCAAUCAAAUAGAUAAGGGAAAUGUGCUCAGUGCCUAUGUGGGCGCUGGACCACCCCAAGGAACUGGCCUGCAUCGCUAUGUCUUCCUGCUGUUUAAGCAACCGAAAAAGUUAUCCUUCGAUGAGCCACGCAUACCAAAGACAAGUUCGUCGAAAAGAGAAAAGUUUAGCACUGUCAAAUUUGUAGCCAAGUAUAAGUUGGACAAUCCUGUAGCUGGUAACUUUUUUCAGGCACGUUACGAUGAUUAUGUGCCCAAGCUUUAUAGGCAAUUGUCGGGCAAGAAGUAGAAAGACAAAGCAUGAACAAAUAAUAUAAAAAAUAAUUUCCAUUAUUAAAUACAUUACAAAUUAACUUUGCUAAAUUUUCAAGUUAAUAGCUAUUAAAUCAAGCGUAACCAAAACAAAAGAGCUACGACAUAUAAAUACA